AUGGUGACUCUUACUAUUUAUCUGCUGGUCAUCUUGGCUCGAGCUCUUGCGGGGCCUUGCAGUCCAAAUAAAGCAGAUGUAAUUCUGGUGUACUGCUAUCCUAAAACCAUCAUAACCAAAAUUCCGGAGUGUCCUUAUGGAUGGGAGGUUAAUCAGCUGGCACUUGGAGGCAUUUGCUACAAUGGGAUCCAUGAUUCAGGAUACUAUCAAUUCACAAUCCCAGACCUGUCACCUAAGAACAAAUCAUACUGUGGGACACAGUCAGAGUUCAAGAACCCUGUUUAUCACUUCUACAACUCCAUCGUCUCCAAUGACACCUCAGUAAUUGUGAAGAGCCAGCCUGUGAAUUACUCAUUCACCUGCACAUAUAAUGCCAACUACCUGGUGAACCAGGCUGCCUUUGACCAAAGGGUGGCCACCGUCCAUGUGAAGAAUGGAAGCUCCGGCUCAUUUGAAAGUCAGUUGUCCCUCAACUUCUAUUCUAAUGCCAAGUUUUCAAGUAUAAAAGAAGCCCCUUUCAUCGUUGAAACAUCAGAAAUUGGUUCUGACAUAUUUGCUGGAGUGGAAGCUAAGGGCUUAAGUGACAGGUUCAAAGUUGUUCUCAACAACUGCUGGGCAACUCCCACCGCAGAGUACUUCUACCAGAUCCACUGGCCUCUGAUCACCAAGGGGUGUUCCACAGACAGCUCCAUCCUUGUGCAUGAGAAUGGGAAAACGAGCCGGGCGACGUUCCAGUUCAAUGCCUUCCGCUUCCGUAACAUCCCCAAGCUGUCCAAGGUCUGGCUGCACUGUGAGACACACGUCUGUGAUAGCGAGAAGUUCUCCUGCCCAGUGACAUGUGACAAACGAAAGCAGCACAUGGAACAAACCGGAGGUGUUCUGGUGGCAGAGAUCGCUGUACGCAGCAAAGGUUUGUCCAGAUUUUACACACUCUCAGAUAUCAUCUUUCACCUCCUUUUUGUGAUUGGAUUUUGUGCUGCUUUAUUAUAA